AUUCGUAAUUUUUUUUUUCUGAUUUUUCACCUUAAUUCAGUUGUGUAAUAGAUUUUAAGUGUUUGAAUAAUUAUUAUUAUCGAAAAUGUAGAAAAGUGUGGAAAUCGCAAACCUGAGUAAAAUUAUGAUUCAAAAAACCGAAUAUAAACAACCCAACUAUCAGCUGAUCGCCUUUAUCUACGAUAUACCGGGCAUUUGAAUAAUAAAAUAACAAAAUGGCGAUUUCAAUCUAUAAAUUAUUUUCAAACUCACAAAUUUUCUAACGCAAAUGAAUCGAUAAUGAAAAGAAAAAUGCUGUAUAUCUACUUGGUAGCAUUUUAGCAUUAUUUGCUGGUUAUAUGUAUUUCGAUUAAUGCUGAUAACCGAAGAGCCAUUGUAAAUCACAGAUAAAUUGAAUCUAAAUGCUAUAAAAAGUGGCCCCAAUCAUUGUCCUUUAAUCGCAGUAUAUUUCAUGUUAUUAAUUUGAUUAGAUAAGAUAUGGUAUCUUUUCGAAGAAAAUUGUGAAUAGUUCAGUCAGUUAGUUCGAAGAUGACAGUAACUUCGUUUGUAAUAAAAUGACAACACAAACUGAUGCGGUUCCUAAUCAAGUAAAGCGGCAACAUGUUACUAGAAAAUCGUCAAUAUCUGUUAUUCCACCAAAAGUAUCAACAAUUUUGAAUUAUUUUCAAGAACCAUUCGUGGAACGUAAACACUUUAAAACAGACAAAUUUGAGUACAGUCGGUCGGGAAAUGAAGCGGGCUUGGUUUUUAUAGUAAAUCAAGAGAAUUUCUUAGACAAAGAAAUAGAACAAAGAAGAGGAAGUCGAAGAGAUGUUAACGAACUAAUUAUAUGUUUUCAAAGACUUGGUUUUAAUAUUGAUCAAAAAAAUAUCCUUCCAGAUGCUACAACAGAAGUGAUACAUGAUAGAAUAAAUAAUAUUGCCGAUGAAGACUUUAGCGGUUAUAAUAGUUUAAUAUUUUUUUAUCUAUCUCAUGGUUGUGAGCAUAACAGAUUGCAUACCUAUGAUGGAACAAUCGCCGCCCACGACAUCUGGGGAAAGUUUAAAGAAAAUCCUAGUUUUAAAAACAAACCGAAAAUGUUUGUUUUCCAGGCAUGCAAAGGAGAAGGGAAGUCAACAACCGGAGCUAGUACUUCCUUCAAACCAUCAUCACUUGUACCUCCAAGUACUUUCCAAGCAAACAACUUAUAUCCUGAUUUGUUGAUAGUAUAUUCUACAGUAGAAGGUAACGUAUCGUUUAGAAAUUCUUUGCAAGGUUCAUGGUUCAUUCAAGAACUUUGUAAGAAUUUUUCUAUAUAUGGAAAACGAGACGACGUGGUCAGUCUGAUUAUAAGGACGUCAAAGUGCGUCGCUAGUAAUUACUAUCACACAAUUAAGGAGAAGGCGAUCGAUAGCAAACAAAUGCCUCUGUUUGUAUCGACUUUGAGAAAAAAAUUUUACCUUAACGUAUCGAAAGAUAGGGAUUUGCUUUUAAGAGUGAUCGAAACUAACGAACAGAUAUUAAAAGAGCUCAAAGACAUAAACAAGAAAUUGAACGACGAUGGUAAAAAGAAGAAAGAAUUGAAAUAAUUAUUUUGUGAUAAAAUAUAUAUUUAUAGUUGUUUACUUUCAUUUUAUUCAUUAUAAUAAAAGUUAUCAUUGAGAA